UAGCAGAAGAUCAAACUCACAGUGACAUUAAGUUUCAGUCGCUAUGGACGCACGGAAGUUUUCUACCCACAUACUGGAUACGUCCGUUGGAAAGGCGGCGGCAAGUGUUAGGGUCACAGUUUCUGUCCUGGACGAGAUUCAAGAGUGGAGAUCCCUCCGAGCAGCCCAAACUAAUGCAGACGGUCGUUGCCAACUUUUGGAGGUCGGCGAGUUUCCCAGCGGAGUCUACAAGCUGACAUUUCAUGUGGGAUCCUACUUCGCAGAGCGCAAUGUGAAAACCUUGUACCCAGCUAUAGAUAUAAUUGUGGACUGUAGUGAAAAUCAAAACUAUCACAUUCCACUGCUACUUAACCCCUUUGGAUACUCCACAUAUCGCGGUACAUAGGUAUCGAAAAGUAAUUAUGAUCCAUUGUAAAAAUAAACUAGGAAGAAAUGGGGAAAAUUAAAUAAAAUGAUUCUAAAGAAAA